AUGACAAUUUGGAAUGUGCGUGGCCUAAACAAGAGAGACCAUCAGCUUGCAAUGAAGGAUCUUGUGGCUGAGUUCAGGUUACAUUUCAUUGGUCUCCUUGAAACUAGAGUACGAGUUAAUAAUGCCUCUCAUAUUCAGUCUUUUUUAUUACCCCACUGGAAAUGGUUUAUGGAUUAUGCGUUGAUGGGUAAUCGUAUUUGGAUUGGCUGGGAUGACAAUUUUCUUGAUGUUACUGUGGUUGAGUUGAGUACACAAUUUUUACACUGUCAUGUCACUAUCCGAGCUCUUCAGGAAUCAGUUGAUAUUACUGUCAUUUAUGGGGCUACAGAGCUAGCGGACAUAUGCUCACUUUGGGAUUCACUUAGUACAAUUGCCAUCCAGUGCGUGGAUACUCCGUGGCUAGUCGGAGGUGAUUUUAAUGCAGUACGUGAUCACAGUGAAGUCUGUGGAGCUUCUGGUGACAUACGGACUGCAAUGGAGGAAUUCAAUUAUUGUAUCCAGAAUGCCGGCUUGUUACCCCUACCCAUGCAAGGAGAAUGGUACACGUGGCACAAUUGUAGUGUAAAUCCACGUAAUCUAUGGAAGCGACUUGAUAGGAUGCUCAUUAAUGAUACAUGGAUUGCCCGGUUCCCCACAUCCGCAUAUUUGAGCCUCACCCCACGUACCUCGGAUCACUCACCACUAGUGUUAUGUGGGGAUAGACAACAGCAGUUGGGAGGUAUGUUUCGUUUUGACAAUUAUCUUACCCGCUCACCAAAAUUUAUUCCCAGUGUGCAGAAUGUUUGGAAACAUGAGGUAGUUCGUGUACCGAUGUAUGCGGUAACUCGGAAACUUAAAGCACUGAAACCAAUUUUUUGGGAACAAAGGAGAAAUAAGGGAGAUUUAUCGCACAAUGUACAGUUGGCAAAGGGAUUUCUUGAGGCGGCACAAAACCUGGUUCGUGCCAACAGGCAGGAGGAAGUAUUCUUAUACUUGGAGCACUGUUGUCGGAUGGUUUUGGCCAAAGCAGCGAAGCUCGAACAAAUCAUGUUACAUCAUAUAGCAAAAAUGGAGUGGAUGAAAGAUGGUGAUCAAUGCUCUAGGGUGUUUUUUCGCAAGAUUGCACAGAGAUGGGCAGCAAGGAGAAUUUUGCAAAUUAAUGAUGAGCACGGGAUCACUCACACAGAGCAGGGGGCUGUUUUCAAUGAAUUUGUAUCUUAUUACAGUGUCCUUUUGGGAGGACAAAGAAGAUGGGACGUGAUUGAUAUUCAGUACCUUAGACCGUCGGCUAGACAUCUGGUGACUGAAGAUUAA